AUGCAUCCACCGUCUCUGGGUACACCUCUCCCCAGUUACAGAAUCGACGAUUACCAGCCAGAGGCCCCACCCCCCUGGGACAACUCGCCGCCUCCGCCGCCUUCACAGACAGAGUUGGGCCUUGCCCCAGAUUUGGCCCCUGGCACUGGCACUGGCCCUGGCCCUGGCCCUGGCACUGGCCCUGGCCCUGGCCCUGCCCCUAACCUCGCCGCUCGCCCCACCUCUGCCCCUGUCGCUGCCUCCGCCCCCGGUCCUCCCGCUCCCCCCCCCCCCCCCGCCCCUGCCCCUGCCCCUCCCGCUCCCGCUGCCCCUGCCCCUGCCCCUCUGGCAUCCCCCGGGUCUACGCCAAUCUUGCUAAUCGCAGGACUCUCUGUGCUUGGUUUGUUGCUGAUACUGGGGUUAUUAUGUGCUGUUUUCUUUAUCUGGAGAGCGAGAAGGAACAGAAGGACGAGAGGAAGAGACAACCCCUCUGCACAACCACACCAACCAGGAGCUUCACCACCUCCCACAGUCUUGGAAUUCCCACAUUUACCAAAAGAAUUUAAAGAUUAUGAAGAAUUACGCUCCGCAACAGGGGGAUUCUCAGAGUCAAAUAUACUCGGCCAAGGUGGUUUUGGCACCGUCUAUAAAGGAGUCCUCCCACCUAAUAAUAAAAUUGUUGCAAUUAAGAAGCUAAAGCCUGAUGCCACACAAGGAAAGCCGGAGUUCCUCACUGAAGUUGAGACCAUUAGCCGGGCCCAUCACAGACAUAUUGUUUCCCUGGUGGGAUACUACAUCGGUCCAGACGAAGCUCAUAAGGAGGUCAUGAUGCUUGUUUAUGAGUACAUCCCAAAUAAUUCACUAGACUCCCACCUGCAUGGUGCAGGCACAGAAACUAUAGACUGGCAAACAAGGAUGAAGAUUGCUAUUGGCUCCGCAAAAGGAUUGACAUAUCUUCAUGAAGGCUGUAAUCCCAAAAUCAUACACCGUGACAUCAAAUCAGCUAACAUUCUUCUUCUUGAUGAUUUUCAGCCAAAGAUAGCAGACUUUGGACUUGCAAAACCUUUAUCAGACACUGUUACCCACCAGUCUUUGCAACAAGUGGCAGGAACCGUUGGAUAUUUAGCUCCAGAGUGUUUGGCUGGCGGGAAAAUCAGUGAGAAGUCGGAUGUCUUCGCUUUUGGUGUUGUGCUUUUGGAGUUGAUUACGGGAGAAAAGCCUUGUCGACCUUUCGCAGAUGGCGCCAUCGUUAACUGGGCAAGACCUAAACUCUUCACAGCCUUGAACUCAAAAGAUCGAAACUUUGAGGCUCUUGCUGAUCCAAGGUUGCAGAAUAAGUACAACUCUGAAGAGAUGUUUCGGAUGGUUUCUUGUGCUGCAAAUUGCCUGCGCGAUUCAGCCAAUCUUCGUCCUCGAAGGAGCCAGGUAGUUGAUGCUUUAGAAGAAAAGAUUCCUCUGGAUAAUCGGGAGGAGGUGAGCCCACAAGGCCGCGGCGAACUCUUGCAUAUGCUUUGGAAAGUGAUAAACGGAGUUGAUGGCAGUUCCAGAGUGGGUGCAUAUUUUAACCGCUUUUUAUCCCGGGAAACUUUAGUCGAACGAUAUCGAUAGUAAAAUACGGAGUGAUAAUAAAAGUAAAAUUAAAUAAAAGAAAGAAGAGGGAGAAGAGCUGGGAUAUUAAUAAACACAGGUUGGAAUUUUCUUCUCCCAUAAUGGUCCAUGUCUGGGCUGGGUGUGGGAGUGAGGUUAGUCAAAUAAAAACCAAGAAUGAAGGGGACGGGUGUGGCUGGAAGCUGAGAGAAUUGGAUAAUCAAGAGAGUAUUAUUGGACCAAUGAAUUUGCGCUUAGGGCGGGCAAAAGUGAAGAUAUAUAUAGACAAAACACAAAGAAGACCAGAAGGAGUGUGGAAUGAUUUUGGACUUUUCUCCCUCUGCGUAUUCGAAUAUUAUCCAUUCGAAUCUAUGUAUAUGAGCAUAUUAUUCUACCGUGUUUCCUCUGUCUUUUGAUCGUUACAAUAUACUAAUAUAAAAGUACUUAAAAAAAUCAAAACUCUUUUUUAUCGGGUUUUUCAUUGGA